CUAAAUGUGGGGGUCUUUACACACCAACCAUAGGAACUCUCACAAAACAUGAUAACAUGUUGAGAGCAAUGAUUUCUGGACGAAUGGAAGUUUUAACAGACUCUGAAGGUUGGAUCUUGAUUGACCGGUGUGGAAAGCAUUUUGGCACAAUCUUGAACUACUUAAGAGAUGAAAGUAUUCCUAUGCCAGAGAACCAGAGGGAGUUAGAGGAGUUAUUAGCAGAGGCAAGAUACUAUUGCAUGAGUGACCUUGUUGCUGAGUGUGAAGAUGCAAUGAAGCAGAAAGAACCUGAGAAAGAUCCUGUGAAAGAUCCUGUGUGUUGUGUUCCUCUCAUUACAUCUCAGAAAGAAGAACAGAUGCUCAUACAGUCAACCACCAAGCCAGUUGUUAAAUUACUUGUAAAUCGACAUAACAAUAAAUACUCUACAUCAGAUGACAACCUAUUGAAGAACAUUGAGCAUUUUGAUCGACUGGCUUUGAGAUUCAGUCGGCGUGUUUUAUUCAUUAAGAAUGUAAUAGGAUCUAAUGAAAUAUGUCUUUGGGCAUUCUAUGGACAUGGGAAGAAAGUAGCAGAAGUGUGUUGUACAUCUAUUGUAUAUGCAACUGAUAGGAAGCAUACAAAGGAACUUUUUUGUCCAGAAAGCAGACAACUAAGUUUUCAUGAUAUUGGGAAUAUCAGAAAAAAGUUUAAAUUGGAGGGAGGGGGACGUAUUGGGAAUCAGGGUAUUGUUGUAAUUGUUGAAAUUGUUUUAACAGUAUGUUUUUGUGUCCUGAAUGGGACUGUCCCUAAGCUUGAGGGUUUGGUUCGAUUUUGGCAUUUCAAAAAUGAGUUAUACACAUUUUCAGACUUAAACAUGUCUAGGAUUACCCUCACAAAUUAA